AUGUCGCACUCGAGGAACCCCUCCAAAACCGAACUUCCAACCAGAGAGAAAGAGUCCAAGACUGAAGCCGGACAAAAGAUGGAGGCAAAAGCCGCUCCCAGCAAGCCCAUUGGCAAAGCGGAAGCAAAACUUCCUCAGAAAGCAGGUGGAAAGAAAAAGAAAAUGGAGGGUGCGGCGCUGAUUGGUAUCGAUGUGUCCAAAGACGUCGACUUUUCGGAAUGGUAUCAGCAGGUCUUGCUGAAGGGAGACAUGCUCGACUACUACGAUAUCUCUGGCUGCUAUAUCCUCAAGCCCGCCUCACAAUUCGUUUGGGACGAAGUUAGAGCCUGGUUUGAUGCGAGGAUCAAGAAGAUGGGCGUCAAAAACUGCUCCUUCCCGUUGUUCGUCUCUGAGGACGUGUUGAACCGUGAGAAGGCUCAUAUUGAGGGUUUCGCAGCCGAGGUUGCUUGGGUUACGCACGGAGGCAGCACCAAACUGGAGAAGAAAAUCGCCAUUCGUCCCACGUCCGAGACCGUCAUGUACCCUUAUUACGCCAAAUGGAUUCAGAGCUACCGUGACUUGCCCCUCAAACUCAACCAAUGGAACUCUGUUGUCCGGUGGGAGUUCAAGCAUCCGCAGCCAUUCCUGCGCACGCGGGAGUUUCACUGGCAGGAAGGCCAUACGGCACACCUGACCGAACAAGAAGCAGGCAAGGAAGUGCUGGAAAUCCUCGAUCUGUACGCCCAGAUAUAUGAGGAGCUUCUGGCCGUCCCUGUCAUUAAGGGGAGGAAGACGGAUAAGGAAAAGUUCGCUGGAGGACUGUAUACCACCACUGUCGAAGGGUACAUCCCGGCUACUGGUCGGGGUAUCCAAGGAGGUACCUCGCACUGUUUGGGACAAAACUUCAGCAAAAUGUUCGGCAUCACGGUGCAGGACCCUAAUGCAAAGACGGAGGAGGAAAAGAAGAACCAGCUUUACGUGUGGCAGAAUUCUUGGGGUUUGUCUACUCGUGUCAUUGGUGUGAUGGUCAUGAUCCACGGUGACGACCGAGGUCUGGUGAUCCCACCUCGCGUUGUCGAAACCCAGGUCGUCAUUGUGCCGGUUGGGGUGACUGCCAAAACCACAGAGGAGGAGAGGGACGCAUUGUACAAAGAAAUCCAAGGACUGGUGGAAGUCCUCAGAGCCGUCAACGUCCGAGUUGAAGCGGAUUUCCGAGAGGGGUACUCUCCAGGAUGGAAGUUUAACGACUGGGAAUUGAAGGGCGUUCCUCUUCGCUUGGAGUUUGGACCUGGAGAGAGCAAGGGCCACUUUGUCACGACAUCUCGAAGAGACCUCCCGAAAGCCGAGAGCAAGAGCCAGAUUGCCAUCAGUGAACUUAAUACCGCCGUUCCGGAGCUGCUGGAGACCAUCCAGAAGGACCUGUACAACCGAGCGGACACGAAAUACAAGUCGCAUGUGAAGAAAGUGACCAACUGGGAUGAUUUUGUUCCAGCACUGAACGACAAGAACGUCAUCUUGCUGCCUCACUGCUUGACCGAGGAAUGUGAAGAUCAGAUCAAGGAGAACAGCGCUCGCAAGGCCGAAGAACAGAGCGGCGUUCCUCAAGAUGAGCGAGCUCCGAGCAUGGGCGCGAAGAGUCUUUGCAUUCCAUUCGAUCAGCCCGAAGGCAUUGAGAAGGGAGUUACCAAAUGCGGGAAUCCAAGCUGCUCCAAGCUCGCCGAGGCAUGGUGCAUGUUUGGCCGAUCAUAUUAG